AGAAGUUUGCCAGGGAGGUGGCACCGAACUGGCCUGGCUGAGACGAGGGGGUGCAGGGGAGGACGGACAGACAGACAGACAGCGGCCACACAGGGACACCUGUGGGGUGAGCACCACCCACCUGUGUGUCCCCCUCAGGCACCCAGCCAUGUCCCCAGUGGUGAAGGAGAAGAACCACGUGAGGUUGGUCUUCUUGGGUGCUGCCGGCGUUGGGAAGACGGCGCUCAUCCACCGCUUCCUGAUGGACACCUUCGAGCCCAAGCACCGGCGCACGGUGGAGGAGCUGCACAGCAAGGAGUACGAGGUGAGCGGGGCCACGGUCAAGGUGGAAAUCCUGGACACCAGUGGGAGCUACUCCUUCCCAGCCAUGAGGAAGCUCUCGAUCCAGAACAGUGACGCUUUCGCCUUGGUCUACGCCGUAGACGACGCCGAGUCCUUUGAGAGUGUCAAGAGCCUGCGGGAGGAGAUCCUGGAGGUGAAGGAGGACAAGUUCCCUCCCAUCGUGGUGGUGGGCAACAAGGCAGAGACCGGUGGCGAGCGGCAGGUGCCGGCAGAGGAUGCUCUGUCACUGGUGGAACUGGACUGGAACAACCGCUUCGUGGAGACUUCGGCCAAGGACAACGAGAACGUCCUGGAGGUCUUCAGGGAGCUGCUGCAGCAAGCCAACCUGCCCAGCAGGCUCAGCCCAGCACUCUGCAAGAGGAGGGAGACGCUGCCCAAGGAGCAAACCUCCCUGAGGCCUCCCAUGAACAAGACCAACAGCUGCUCCGUGUGCUGAGCCGCCCGCACGCAGCCGGGGGAAAGCCUGGAAACUCAGGUGGGGAGAGGCACUGCCUGGGCCAGACCCAACCCCGCUGCCUCCCACCCCUUCCCUUCUCUUCCCCAUCAAACCCGCAGGGAGCGGGGAGAGCUGGAGAUGCCCCGGGGGGGGGAUGUGGGUGGCUGGGAGGGUGGGUGGGAUCCCCAGAGA